AUGGCACCAGCAUCACAGCUUCUCGUACACUUCCUCACCCUUGCCUUUUGCACCAACACAUAUGCAUAUGUCGAUAACGUUCUGCCCGAUACCACCGCGGCUCCAGCUGGACCACUCACCACAGCGUUUGCGCCUGCGUCGUCAUGCUUCCAACUGACAACCAGACACCCUUAUGGAUACCCGGGACUCGAAGUCGCCUGUGCCGAGGGGGCAAACAAGGACUGCUGUCCCGAAAAUUGGGGAGAGGCCGUGUAUUAUAGUCCGGGCAUGUGUCCUUCUGGGUACCACGCCUACCCGCUUCCAACAUCGAAACAACGCCAGGAAACGACCAAUUACUGUUGUCCGGGUCUUAUCGCCAAAACAUUCUGUUAUUCACGGCUCGCCACGCCGGUCACUAUGACAUACAGCGACGAGACGUAUUCCACUCGACGCACGCAAGACUACGUCAAGGCGACCCCCAUUCAGGUACGGUUCAAAGCCUCCGAGUCGGACAUUGUUCCGGUGCCAUCAGGCUCGUUGAGCCUGCCCCGAGACUGGUUGUAUACGCGGGAGAAAGUGGGCAUUGCGAUUGGGGUUGCGGCCGGAGUCGGGUUGAUCACUGGGGGCAUCUACUACUGGUUCUUUGUUCGACGGCGGAGAAGCGCCGCUCAAGCGGAGAGUCUGCAGCCGCUGAAUGACACAGCCUACGGAGACCAGAACCCGGAGGAUGCUCCUCCGCCCUAUCCUGGCCGUGCUGAUACCGGUACAAAACGGUAG